UGAAUGGAGAUAUGACGGAGUAAUAACAUCUUAUUACAUGUGCACGAUUAAGUUAUUACAAUCGUAAAGUGGUAUGUACCAAUUUCUGCACAAUAUAUUGGUAGAAUGGAGAAUCUAGUAACAUCUGAAUGACGGAAAUAAACACUAAGUGUACAGGAACGAUGGAGUUGUAAUUUUAUAGUCGUUGCUAAAUUCUUGCUAACAUUAAUGCCAGGCUAAUGCAUUGCAGACGAGCUAACAAAUGUUAACUCGCUUCCACAUUGUGAACACGUCAACAGGCCACUACAAACUUACUUGAAUAACACAUCAAGUUUUACUGUUUCAGUUUACACGUGCAUUGACCAGAUAGGAAUAUUAUAAAGUUACAUUUGGUUUUCUGGCUGUCUGAGCUUGCAUUUUCUGUUAAGAACUAUGGAGGACGGAAACAGGACUGAUGCUGCUUCCACAUCCAAGAGCCACGCAGGCUCACUCCACCUGCAGACUCCAAAAAAUGAAGAUGCUUACGAAAUUUCCAUCCCCUAUGAAGAGAACAACUUUGAGCAGCAAGGAUUUUUCAACCAGAGUGAUCAAAAUUUUGAUGAGUCAACCCCAUCAGCUGGCCCAUCUCCUGUUAACAACUCAUACAUGGUGAUCACCAACCUGCGGACCCAGCUACAGAUCUCUUUGGAGAAAAACUCUUGGCUGCAGAAAAGAAUUGAGGACUUGGAAGAGGAGAGGGACUUCCUCCGUUGUCAGUUGGACCGUUUCAUCUUUUCCACAAAGAGCCAUGGACAGGAGCAGAAUCAGAGCCAGUACAGUAAUGGUUAUGAGUCGCGACGGUUCAACUGGAGGGCAAGAAGAGAGGACGAUCGUCCUGCUGAACAACACAAGACGGACUCACAGCAUUUCACCUCACGUCCGUUUAUCCAACGACGCCCUGGUCCUCCAACCAUGGUGCCUUCCAAAAACCAUGUCUCCAGUCCACUAACCAAUCAGCUUGCCUCUAUUAAUGCUUUGUUCAACACUACACCGUCCCAGAACCUCUUGCAAGGCCAUAACCAUAGUAGUUCAAGUACCACAGCCAGUGGCAGCAGCAGCAACAGCGCUACAAGGUCAUCCAUGAAUGAAAUGAGUACACAUAGCAAUGUGGGUCCAGAUUCACUUUCACUCUUGGGAGAAUCUGAUGAGUACUUGGAGCAGGACAGCUACCUCGAGGAGGAGGAAAUGAUAUCAGGGGAAGAUGUAAUGUCAGAUACCAUUAACAGCAACAGACACCAAUUAAAGAGAAGGCGGGUCUUCCGAGCCCCUAGAGAGCGGCAGAGAGUGAAAGAUGCUGCUGGAGUACUGUUUCGCUACAAGAAGAUCCUGCUUACAUACCAGCGUCUGAAAAAUAUGUCCAAAGCCUUCCAAAUCCAUGGUGUGGACCGCAACACGGUAGCUUCCACCACACCCAUUGCUGAGCUGCUACUAGUGGCCCCAGAGAAGGUGGCAGAGGUAGGCGAGUUUGACCCAUCCAAGGAGAAGCUGCUGGACUAUGCCAGGCGUUGCUACACUGCCCUGGAUGAGGAGACACUCAGCAGGGUGCAGGCCCUGAAGAAGAAUAACCUGCUCUUGCCCAUCUCCUAUCGGUUCAGACACUGAGGGGAGAAAGACAGAGGACUGUGAAGUGUCUGUGGCCAGCAGUGGAGUUGGUGGUGAAGUGAGAAGAGAAGAGGCGGUUGGGUUGUGCUGCAGUGGAACAGCGUACCUCUAGAGAAGUCCAGAGGCAUAAGGGAUUAUUUUUUUCUCUCAACAUCCUGGAUAUGGCCAUGUAAACUGCAGCUGAGAUCCUCGGACAAACACUACCGAUAUGUUGUACAGGAAUGUCAGUUUCUUUGACAAAUCCUCACCAUCAUCCCAGUAAUAUUGAGGAUGUUGGAGUCCUGCUGCAGCUAGAAAGGGAAAAAAAUCAUGGUUCCCAUUGCUUAAAGUCUCUGUGAUUGAUAAUUUGUGAACAAGAAUAUGUCUUUACAAUUAGGAUAAAAGAGGAGAUUGAUUUUCUUCAGUCCUUAAAUGGGUGUAGCCAAAUUAGCUCAUUCAUAUCUAAGCCCAGACAUUUGCAGAGACACAAAGACUCGUUCUUUCCUGAACAUCUGGACCAGCGUGAGGCCAGUAGUUCAGUAAUUGAUUGUCUAGAUCAUUUCGGUUCCUGACAGUCUAAAUGAUUUCAAAACAAAGGAUUUUUUUUGUAUCACUUCAAUUCAUGUGCAAUUUUGAUGACACAAUCCUAAAAAUAUGGUAGUUCUUGAUGACAAUGUCUUUGUAUGUUAAAAUUAUGCUGCAAUCCAUAGAUUUUGUAGAAUUAUUCCAUACUUUUAAGAAAAAAUCUUUUCUUUAUGUGUAUGUUGUUGGGUGUGUCUUCGUAUUAUUUUUUUUUUUUUACAUUUUUGUCAUUAUAUCCUCAAACAUUUUUACUUGCCUUAACUGCAAUAUUUGUGUUUUCCCCAUGUGAGACAUGCACUAGUUUUUGGUCACUUUGGCCCCCUGAACACUCACUGAAUUAGAGAUAUUUUGCAGUCACUUUUCUUUCCAUUUUUCCCAAUUUGAAGGACGGGAGAACUGACCUUGGCAGUGGCUAGUCCAGCAGUAUGCAUCGCAAAUGCAUUUUUGACAGUAAUACACUUCUUCUUUACACCUACAUUACACUGUUGUUCCUAAAGGUUGUAAAUUAUCUGCACUAGUAUAUAGUAAAUGUCACUUAUUAUGCUUUGGGUAUUGAGGCUCUUGUAAGGCUUUGGUGACAAUAAUACCUUUUGUAAAAUAGGGCACAGAGCAUUUACUAUACUAGCUAUUUGUAACACUGUUUAACUUUUGGUUCUGUAUGAAAAAAUGUGGACAUCACACAAAGAAUUUUUCAGUGUGGGUUACAGCAACAGGAGAAGCAGCUAGCUUGUGCACACAGAGGAUCUGUUAUUGCUCCCCAAUGCUCCACUACAAAUGCAUGUUAAAAAAUUGGUCUUUGAUGAUAUGUAGUUUAUAGAGGUCUUGUCGAGAUUUGUAAUUUUCAAAGCAGUAAGUAACAACAGACGUGUUGAUUAUAUUGUAUUACAAUGUGUGGUGUUUAUACCGGUACAGUGAAAUCAUAAGAUCUCUUAUAUUGAAACAGAUUACUGGUACUUUUCAGUGGAAUACUGUGACUCUCGGCUUAAAUUUCAUAUCUCAACAAUUUACCCUAACGUAAACAGACACAGGUACUCCAAACAAUGGAAUUUAAUCUAUUUUCACAGUCUUGUUGCUUGUGUGGCUAAAAAGCAAGCAGUCUAAGGUGCAGUGCAACUAUUUAACAGUUGCAAAUUAUACCAGGGUGCUGUGUUUUAAAAACAAUAAUCUUUUUGUCAUAUUUAUGUAUGUUGAAUGAAAAGUGUAUCUCACUGACACAGUGUCUAUAAUUCACAAAAUGUAUAGUAAGAGUGAAACCUCAUUAAGGUGUUUGAUUUUCUUUCAAAAAUGUUGAUUGAUAUGUAAAAUCCAACAUUACCACUCACUGAAAAUAUGUUUAUGAUGGUAAAGUGAUUUGAUAUCCUAGCCUGUCUGUGGGGAAGUGGGCAUCCAUAAAUUUAUGUUCAAAAAGGAUAUUUUUUUCCUUUUUAAGAAUAAGAAAAGUUGCAACUACAUUGUGCAGUAAAUGGACUUUGAGUUAAAUGAAAAUG